UAAAACAGAGCGUGUUGCUUGCUUGUAUGGCGUGCGUGAAUAUGUCGGAAAAUAAUGACGAAACACUGCUGGAUGACCUGCCGGAUGACGUGGAGUACGACAUCGCGAACGAGGACGAAGAUGCCCUGCUCGCGGAUGACGAACUGGACGAGCCGGCGGGCGACUACCUGCAGGUGGGCGGGGACGUCUCUGGCGGGGCAGACCACGAGGAGUACCAGGACUACGAGGAGCCCUUGGAGGACGUGCUGGAGCUGGGCGUGACCGAGGACCUGCUGGACUCGGAGAUACAGGACUCCGCGGAGCUGCGAGCCUUGCAGGAGCCCAGCAUCACGCACUCCUCCGACGGCUACGGCAGCGUCACCACCUCCCGCCCGCGCCACGAGGCGUCGGCGGGGCAGGGGGGCGCCGUGACGGAGGCGGGUGCCACGGUGGAGUCCGAGGAAGAGGACGACAAGCAGGGGGAGCAGCGCAACCGGUUCAAGGCCGAGCGCACCAACAUCGUCUCCCUGAAGAGCAACAAGACCUACGGCAACAUCCCGGACUCCCUCGACAGGGUGGUGACCUCGGAGGAGACCGGCCACCAGAAGUUUGCGAGCCGCAAGGAGGGCGGCUGGCGGGGGCGGAGGGGGCGAGCCAGAGGCGUCGGGGGCCGUCCCGGCUUCCACCAGCAGCAGCAGCAGCAACAGCAGCAGCAACAACAGCAACAACAGCAGCAACAACAGCAGCAGCAACAGCAACAGUUCCAGCACCACGCCCACACACCCUUCCAGCACGCCCUGCAUCCCCAGAAGAUACUCAUCAACCCUCACUUCCGCGGCCUGCCGCAGCACCCAGGUGCCGGACUCGUGCCGGUGUGGGAGAGGGACAGAGUGCCCCCCGCGCUGACCCCCCAGCCGCAGUUCACGAUGCCGCCGCCCCAGGGCCAGUACCAGCCCUCGCCGCAGAUGAUGGAGUCGCCGGGCUUCUACCACCAGCCGCCGCCGCCGCCGCUCUACCUGGAGCAGCAGCAGAUGCCGCCGGCGUGGCCGGAGGAGGGGGCGCUGUACCCGCCCCCCCUGCACGCCCCGCCCCCUCCGCAGCACUUCGGCCAGCCCCCGCCCCUCUUCGACCACCAGCACCACCCCCACCACCCUCACCACCCGCCUCAGCCGGGCAGCUGGGACGCAGAGGCCGUCUCCCACCUCGCUGUGCCCCAGUCGCCCCAGUACGCUCCCGCGCAGAUGUUCCGGCCACAGAUGGAGCCCCGGCCGCUGAUGCGCUACCACCAGCCGGACGUGUUCCAGUCGCCGCAGCGUCCCCGCUUCCCAGGGCCGGUGCAGCAGAGGGGGAUGGUCGCCCCGCGGCCCAGGAACUCCGUCGUCAGGCCACAGUCCGGCUUCCGCCCGCCCCACAAGCGCCUGUCCUUCGACAAGCCCCAGCGCUUCGACCUGCCCGUCAAGCGCAAGAAGAGGAUGCCGGACAUGAGCAACCUGCACGAGGUGCAGACCGUGGACACGCUGCCGGACACCACGGUCGGGGAGGUGCCCCCGCUGACGGAGGAGCUGGAGCCGGAGGACGACGAGACGCGGGAGUACCGCAAGAAGAUAGAGGAGCAGAAGAGGCUGCGGGAGAAGAUUCUGCAGCAGAAGGAGGAGCGCCGGAAGAAGGCGGCCCUGCAGAAGCAGAUGCAGCGGCAGCAGCAGUUCACCCUCGUCACCCCGGCCCCGGGGGAGGUGCCGCAGGGCAAUGCCAUCGCAACGAUCGUGAACCGCAACACGGUGCAGCCGGCCCGCACCACGCCGGUGUCGCAGCGGCUGGGAGCACGCGGGCGGGGGAGGGGCAGGGGGCGGGGCGGGCGCCAGGCCCCGCCUCCGCUCCUGCCUCCCGCCCACUCCGUGGCUCUGCAGCAGCAGCAGCAGCAGCAACCACAGCAGCAGCCACAGCAACUGCUGCAGCAGCCACAACAGCAGCCACAGCAACUGCUGCAGCAGCCACAGCAACUGCAGCAACAGCAGCAACAACAGCAACAGCAACAGCGACUCAAGCUCUUCACUGUCAGGACCAAGACCGGCGAGCUCAAGCAAGUGUGGGGCACCGUGGUGCAGUCGCAGACGGGCCAGCGCGUGGUGCGCUGCCUGCCCCAGCUGCCGGUCCAGCGGAGGAUCGUCGUGAGCCAGCAGCCGCCGCCCAGCGCCCAGCCGCGUCAGGUGGCGGCGGGACGAGGCCGCACCGUGCUGCUGCGAGGGGCACAGCCCCCGGCCCAGCCGCAGAGGAUCGUAGUGCAGAAGAGUGCCCAGCUGGUGGGUAGCGGGACCCGGGUGGUGCUCCCCAAGAAGGUUGCGGAGGAGGGGGCGGCGCCCCAGCAGGCACUGCCCCGCACCAAGGUGGUCAGCAUCGACAACCUGGCGGCCAGCACGUCCGAGGCUCAGCUGCGCAAGUUGUGCCAGCGUGUUGGCGCUCUUGAGAGCUUGCAGAUGUACGCCAAGCAGCGGCGUGCGGUCGUCACUUUCGCCAGUCCCGUCGCCGCAGCGACCUUCUUCAAGAGGCAACGAGAGAUGCGCGGCCGUGCGCGCGCCCGGGACCAGGAGUGGAGGGGAGGACGUGUAGCCGUGCUCCCAAACAGGAUUGUGAUCUUGAAUCGAAGAAGUUCUUCAUACUUGUAGGUUUUUCUUAUAUGAGACUGAUUUCAUAAUGCUUUACAAGCAGCCAUGGUUAUGUUACCACAUAUGUUAGGUUACCUCACUUUACAAGUAGUUUUCUGUAUGUGGCUCUGCCGGGUAUGAUGUCAUUUAUGUUGCGUUGAGAGUUAAAUUUUUAAGGCUAUGCUGUUGCAUCUAGUCUGGUAUGUGUGUAUCCUGUUAUAAUAAAGUACCUGUGAUGUCAGAAAUAUUUUUUUUUAUAUUUUAUUGUUAGUAUAUUGUAGGUAGAUACAGUUACUUAAUAAAGACUGCAUCAGUGUAAUGGUAGAAUAAUUACGAUUACUUGUUAUUUCCCUUUAGGCAAUGUGUGUGGUACUGAACAAUAAUGGGUUCAGUAAUUAGUUCCAAGUAUUUUUUGAAGAGAAGAUUUUUUUUUUGUGGGCUGACUUGAUCUGUGCUACUUGUUAUGAGAAACACAUGCUAUUAGUUAUUAUUUUGUUAAUUUACUGCUUAUUAAUAUUUUCUGGCAAAUUAAUUUUAUAUAUUGCUUAUGAAGUGUGUGCAUGUGUGCAUGUAGUAAGUGUAAAUUGCAUUUAUUGUCUGCAUUCACAUUGUCAUUUAGGGUGGUUCUAUGAAGGUUCUUGUUUGAGAAUAAAACAUGUAAGUAAUUCCAUUGUCUACAUUUAUCUUGUAUUGAAGCCCACACAAGAUAUUGUCUAGGGAAAUAACAACCUCUUAUGAGAAUAUGCUUUAUCAUGUUGACACAACACUUCUGUGUUUUUGCGAUGUGUUGUUGGUAUUUUUCAAGUUAUAUAAUGUGAUAUAAGCGAUUGGUGGUAAUUUAUAUAUUUAGCAUUUUAAAGAAUAGCAAAUUAUGCAGGGUUUAAUGUGCCUCAACUGAAAUUUUUACUCAGUACUAAAAGUUCCAUUUUUUAAAAUUAUUUAAUGAAAUAACUUUUAUUUCUGCAAAUUAGUAUCGUACAUGGUUGAAAUGCUUGAAGUUUGUUCAUUUUGUUCAUAUGUUACAAACACAUCUCGGAAUAUCUGCCAUUGCACAUAUUGCAAGCAAAUGUACUCAGGGUAAAAGAAAGUGGCUUUCUGUAUAGUGUAUGAGUGCUGACUGAUGACUGAAACACUGCACUCGUUUCAUGUACAAGAAUAACCCUGAAAGUGUUCAUUAAUGCAGUGAAGUCUUGUUAGAACAUACUUAUAAACCCUUAAGUUUGCAGUUAGCGAAAAUACUUUAUCCUGAAAUUUUAUUGAAUGUAAAACAUUUGCAGGGAUUUAAAAAGGUAUACCAAAAGUUAAAAGUAAAAAAAAAAUAUAUUUAAUGAGGAGUUACUGUGUAAUAAUAUUGACCUGUUGUAAUUUUCUGAAUUAAAAUGAUUUUCUUUGUUUUCAAUGUGGAAUAUGAACACGUGACAGUCAUUACCAGAUGUAUGGACAGUAAUAACUCCAAGAAGUAGUGACUGAGUUAUGAUUAUGGGCUGGAAAAACUAUCAUAUAUAUUUUUUUUACAAUAUUAGCAUCUAUUCUUUUUAUUAAUUAGCAUCCUUUAAUUUUAAACUAGCAUUUUUAAUGCAACUUAUUCAGAACUUUUUAUUUACAUUCUAAAUGUUUGGAAACUAAAUAUUCAUAUGUACAAAUAAAUAACCCUCUGUUUCAGCAUUGUACAAAAAUAAACAUUUUUUUCAUGUCUUUCUAGAUUUAACCCCCCCCCCCCCAAAAAAAAAUGCUUGUUUUGCUUAGUGCAGUUAGCUAGAAACAUUAAGAGACAAUUUUAAUUCAUAGGAUAUUACACAAAUCAAAUGGAUUUAGGUUUUAGGAUAGGGGUACAUGUAACUUGGCUGCAUCUCAGAGAUGGCAACAACGAAUCAUGUUGGUCGUGAAACUAGUGUAGAUUACAAUUACCAGAAAAUCACCACAUGGUUCAAGUGUAACAUUUGGGAGAAUGCUAAGUACAUGUAGUACUGCUGUGGUUUAUUUCACGCUCCUGCUGAAGCAAAAUGCAAGAGUGUGUGGCCUGUUUUGUUUUCACCUUACUAGCCAACCAUACUCCAAUCUGCAGCAAAGAUGGUGGACGUGUUGUGUUUGUGCAUCAACUGCAGUGCAGAUAACUCUAGCGACAGACAUAAAUGAGAAUGAUUUAAUUGUGCUUGCAUGUGUGUCCUGGACAAACUGUAAAGUACGAAUAUGAGUCGAGUCAGGUCACUCAAAGUCUACGAGAGGGUUGUUUCUUUGUAAGUUUUAGAAGAUAACAUUUUGUUCAACAAUUUUGAAAACUGUCAAAAAAAAAAAUAUAGCAGUUAUGUGGCAUUUAAUAAAGGAUAUUUUAAAAAUUCGAUGCGUUUUCAAACUUUUUAGUUAAAAUAGCAUUUAUGUUGAAAAUUAUCAAAAAAAAAAGUGUCUAAAAUAAUAUGAUAAUUUUUCCAACCUCUAGUUAUAAUAAUUGAUGCUGGCUAAAGGACUGAUCACCCACCCUCCAACCAGACGCGAGCUGCCAACCCACAGUGAAGUGAGAGCAUUACGGUGAUACUGUCAAACUGUGACUCAUUUUUGUCUUGUAUUCUGGCAACUACUGAAAACAGAAGAAACACAUGUUGCAACCAUCUCUGUCUUACUGAUAUCACGUGUUUGAUCAAAGACUGACGUGUGUCUUCGCGUGCUGUGAAGUGGCUAGUUUGAAAGUUCCUGUGCCUGUGUUUGGCCUUCCAGUAUGUUUAUUGUUUAUGGCUUUUUUUAUAUAUAUAUAUAUAUGUUUUUGUAUUUCAUUGCUGAAAAUAUACAUCAUGCAUUUGA